AUGGAGCACUGGCUUCACACCUCAUUGGAGGACCUGGCCAGAUUGGUCACCUGGGUGCACAGCCAUGCUCUCUUCUGCAGCGUUGAAGGUCUCCAUGGGAACCUGAUUGCAGCGUGGCAGUGUAAGGCUGGCCAUACCCUCCGCUGGGUAACUGCUACCUGCACAGCGGGGUCUCCAGUGAGAGGCUGUUCCCAAGGCAACACAAGUUUUCUCCCUGAGGGUCCCAGUACAAUCGGAGAGCCUUCCGGGACACAGACUAGCCCUCGGAAACCAGCGAGAAUGGCGUCAGAUGGUCGCUGGACCAGAGACUCUAGUGGCUUCUCCCACCGCAGCGAGCCCUCUGAACUAGAUGAAGCUAGGGACGAGGAUGAAGAUGAAAGCAUCCAGCUUGGCACGGUUCGUGACUCUUCUGCUCCAGUCCAGGAUAGCUCCUCUGAACCCGCCACCGGAUGGCCUCAAAGCGCCCCUCGCAAAACCCCGGGAGCAGCGCCCUCUUCCCGCCCUUGGUGCUCCCAGGUGCAGAUGGCCGGCCAAGGCAGCAAGGAUGUGAUCAGGAAGAAAAUCAAACAAGAGAUUCCAGACGAUUCUUACUCUGUAGCAAAUGCAGAGCUCACGGGAAGGGCAGCUGGGCCAGCCCUGUCACUGACACAGAUGGCACAAGCCAAGCCUCAGGCCCAUGCUGGUCCCUGCUGUGUAGGAUCUGCUAAGCCGAUUCCCGCUGUAACAUCUGCCAUCGGCGCGGAGCUGGACCCACCUGGUGUGUCUGCUUCCAGCUCUGCGGUCUCCAGGCCAGGCAUCCCAAAGACCGCUAGGCUAGCUCUGGCUUCACCAAACAGAGGACUGCCUGGUGCCCCAGGCACCAGCCCACAAGUGGCCGUGCAGAUGUCCGUGAGCACAUCCCACCCUGUUCCUUUGUGCGCCCUGCAGCUGCCUGGACAGGAUGAGCAAGUUGCUUCCAGAGAGUCCCUACCCCAUCUGCCCAGCCAGGGCCCCUGUGAGGUAACCCUUUCUCCCUCAGUGAGCUCCAGUCAGCAGCAGCCCCCGGUUGCUCCAGCCAUAGCAACUGAAGCCACAGCGCAGGGCACACCAGGCUCUGAAAAGCAGCCGGGCCGUGCUUUGGAGUAUGAAGAUAAAACAAGAAGUCCAUAUUCUCUUGCCAGCUACAACCCUGUGAUAAACCUUUAUUAUCUUAGCACCUUUGCACGGCACUUUUUCAGCAGCAGUCCUGCAGCCAGGGAAAACCAGCAUGUAAGCCCCAUCCUUUUGCAGUAUGCUUGUAGAGGGUUCAAAGAGAUGAACAGGGAAGAGCAGAAGGAAGAUCAUUGGCAGUACUCAGUAUUGCAAGGACAGCAGCAGAAUCAGCGAAGUCACCCAGAGCAGCAUGAACAAUCUCACAGUUGUCAAGAUGAGAAACCAUCCCAAAAGCAGCUGCCGAAGGACCAGCGUCCUAGGAAUCUACAGUAG